GGCUGAGCUGCUGGAGAAGAUCAACACUUCAGACAAGUCCACAGCAACUAACAACAAGUGGAGAUCAAGUUCGAAAAAAACUUUCUUUAAGUCAACCCCUUUAAGAAAAGUCUCCAUGCAAGUUAAUAGACCAAACCACACCUCCUUUUGGAACUAACCAGUUGGUUCUUUGAUCUAAGUAUAAGUGGAUCUGGAGUUGAGGUAUUUUUAGAGCAAUUGACUCCUUAAACCACGUGUGCCCACGUUGAUCAGGAUGACUGUUCAAUCUGCCCUUGUGCCAAUCCUGUUCCUGGGGCUGGUUUCGGGUUUGGUGCAUUGUAUAUCGCUCGCAUCGUCCCAGAGAAAUGAUACAUUGGACCGGCGUUGGGAAACACUUUUUUCUAGGUCUAUGGCCAGGAUGCCAGGAGAGAAAAAAGAAGGGAAUCGGGAAAGUGACUAUUUGCUAGGCAUCAAGAGGUUGCGACGUCUUUACUGCAAUGUGGGCAUCGGAUUUCAUAUCCAGAUUUUACCAGAUGGCAGAAUAAAUGGGAUGCAUAAUGAAAAUCGAUACAGUUUGUUGGAGAUCUCACCAGUGGAGGUGGGAAUCGUGAGCCUAUAUGGUGUUAAAAGUGGACUUUUUGUUGCAAUGAAUGGAAAAGGAAAAUUAUACGGAUCUAGGCAUUUCAACGAUGAAUGUAAAUUUAAAGAAACCUUAUUACCAAACAACUACAACGCAUAUGAAUCCAGGAAAUACCCUGGGAUGUACAUCGCUCUUGGCAAAAACGGAAGGACCAAAAAGGGGAACAGAGUUUCUCCGACAAUGACACUGACACAUUUCCUGCCACGGAUCUGACAAUUGCUUCACAAAUCCACCGGACAGGCCAGGAGGGAACCACCUGGUGCACUUUUUACAACAGUUUAAUGCAAGAGCUGAUGUAUUUAAAUUAAUAACUUAAGUUUGUAUAUAUGGUCAGGAUUUUUUUUUAUUUAUAGCUCAUUUUUUUGUAAUAUGUUGAGUUACACUGUAUGCCUUAUUUUGUGGGCGAUACUUCAGGACUUUUGAGACUGGAUGCAUCUUUUUGGAAGGAUCUGCAACUGUUCCUGUGCAAUGCAGAAACACCAUAUGCCGCUCUCAUACAAUUUGUGUACUGUUUACAAGUUGCACACAGAUAAGGUGAGACAAGUGUUGGGUUAAAGCCUGCUAUGUUUCCUCUAGUAUCAGUUUACUGCUGGUGCAGAAAGUGCAGUGCAAGACGAGUCAUUGGCAAUCUGUUUUUAGACCUGUCAGUGCUGAACUCUGAACUUCUCAGCAGUCAAUCUCUCUCUAAUGUCUCCAAGGAGAACAUUCAUUUUAACCACUUCACUGUUAAAAGGGGGCACCGGCAACUAGGGACAAAUGCUUAAAGGGACAUGAAACCCUAUUUUUUUGCUUUCAUGAUUCAGUUAGAACAUAAAGUUGUAAACAGCUUUCCAAUUUAUGUUUAUUAUCGAUUUUGGUUUAUUCUCUAGGUAUUCUUUAACGAAUGAGCAGCAAUGCACUACUGUGAGGUAGCUGAUCACAUACAGUAGAUAAACCAAUGACAAGAGGCAUAUAUGUGCAGUCACCAAUCCCCCAGCUCCUAAACCUACCUAGGUAUGAUUUUCAGCAAAGGAUGCCAAGAGAACAAAACAAAUUAAACAAUAGACGUACAAUGGAAAGUUGUUGGAAAUUGUAUGCUCUAUCUAAAUCACAAAAUCAAGUUUUCAAGUUUCAUGAUCCUUUAAAAGGAUAGCAAAUACCUCUUGAUUUUGUGUAAAAAUAGUGCUUGUCCCUAAAGGCCAAAAAGAGAACUCUGCAACCUGCAAAUGCUGCAAACCAAAUAGCAUGUUUAGGCAUUUUACAGCAUUUUAAGUUACAGAUUUAGCAGUUUCUUCUCCCUAUGGAGCUUGGUAGAAAGCACAAUUUUUACACAAAAGCAAGAGAUAUUUAAUGUUCCUUUAAAGGGACAUAAAACACAAACAUGAAUGCAUUUCAAUGUUGAAUACAAGCAUACUUGCUAUAAAUAUGUAUUAAAGGGAUAGGAAAGUCAACAUUUAAAACUUGCAUGACAGAACAUAUAAGUUUAGGACACUUUUAAAUUCAUUUCUAUUUUCAAAUGUGCUUUGUUCUCUUGGUAUCCCUUGUUGAAAAAGAAUAUGCACAUAUCCUACACUAGUGGGAACUAGCUGCUGAUUGGUGCCUGCACACAUUUGUCUCUUGUGAUUGGUUAACUAGAUCAGCAAUCUGCCAGUGGUGCAAUGCUGUUCCUUCAGCAAUGGAUAACAAGAGAAUGAAGAAAAUUUGGUAAUAGAAGUAAAUAUGAAAGUUGUUUGAAAUUGUAUGUUCUAUCUGAAUCAUGAAAGAAAAUGUUGGGGUUUCCUGUCCUUUUAACAAACAUUUUUUCUGGUAAAAUAUAUUUCAGUGACAGCUUUUACUGCACACAGAGCACAUGUGCACACUCAUUCAAACGCUACCUGCUCAUAGAGCAUAUUGGUGCCUGUUUGUAUCAUCAUGAAGAAUACGCGCCACCACUGGCUCGCUGAGCAGAAGGGAUAUUUGAAUGAGAGUGAACAGAACAUAUGCACAUACAUUGCAAAAAUGAAACAAUUUGCUUUUCACAUCCCUUUAAGAAAGAGGUGUUAAUACAUUAUUAAUAGGAAGUCUGAGGAACACUUAAAUUGAAUGUCAAUUUUAAUGCUAAAGUGCCCGGUUUUCAAAAAUUCGAUUAAAAACAGGGGCACUUUA